AUGGCGGACCUGGCGAACGAAGAAAAACCUGCCAUUGCUCCGCCCGUCUUUGUGUUUCAGAAGGAUAAAGGACAAAAGUCCUCUGCAGAGCAAAAAGACUUGUCGGAUUCGGGAGAGGAGCCUCAGGGGGAGGCUGAGGCUCCCCACCAUGGCCCAGGUCACCCUGAGUCAGCUGGUGAGCAUGCUCUAGAGUCUCCUGCCCCUGCUAGCGCUUCAGCCAGCGCUCCUGAAGCCCAGCUUCCUCCUUUUCCACGAGAACUGGCAGGGAGGUCAGCUGGAGGCUCCAGCCCUGAAGGUGGUGAAGAUUCUGACAGAGAAGAUGGAAAUUACUGCCCUCCUGUCAAGCGAGAAAGGACGUCCUCUUUAACCCAAUUCCCACCUUCACAGUCAGUAUCAAAAAACAAUGUUUUUAUGCCAUCAACCUUCUGCGAGCCAUCUGCAGGCAAUUCUGACUCAGAACCAGAGGAAAAGAGCAGUGGGUUCCGGUUGAAGCCACCAACGCUGAUCCAUGGCCAGGCACCCAGUGCAGGUCUGCCAAGCCAGAAGCCCAAGGAGCAGCAGCGGAGUGUGCUUCGCCCUGCAGUGUUACAAGCCCCACAGCCAAAGGCACUCUCACAGGCCGUUCCAAGCAGCAGCACCAAUGGGCUCAGUAUCCCAGCAGACUGCACAGGAACAGCGACAUCGACAUCACUCGACAACCCCACACAGAGAAGUCCACCUGACGAGGCGCCAGCACCUGAGGAGAAAGAGCCCCAGAAAAAUGAGUCUAGCAGUACUUCUGAGGAGGACAGCUGUGAGAAAAAAGAGCAAGUUGCACAGCAAGCAUUUGUAUUUGGGCAGAACUUGAGGGACAGAGUUAAGUUAAUAAAUGAAAACACUGAAGCAGCUGACAUGGAAAAUGCUGGACACCCCAGUUCAGAAACGCCAACCGCGACCAACUAUUUUCUUCAAUAUAUCAGCUCCAGUUUAGAGAACUCGACCAAUAGUGCCGAUGCCAGCAGCAACAAAUUUGUAUUUGGCCAGAACAUGAGCGAGCGCGUACUGAGCCCACCCAAAUUAAAUGAGGUCACUUCAGAUGCCAACAGGGAGAACUCAACUGUCGAGUCUGGGUCUGAGUCUUCAUCCCAGGAAGCCACCCCUGAGAAAGCUAAUAACAUUGCAGAGUCCCUGGCCGAAUCGGCAGCCGCCUACACUAAGGCAACAGCGAGGAAGUGUUUGUUGGAAAAAGUGGAAGUCAUCACCGGGGAGGAAGCAGAGAGCAACGUGUUACAGAUCCAGUGUAAGCUGUUUGUCUUUGACAAGACCUCGCAGUCUUGGGUGGAGAGAGGCCGGGGACUGCUGAGACUCAACGACAUGGCUUCGGCUGACGAUGGGACAUUACAGUCCCGACUAGUGAUGCGGACCCAGGGUAGCUUGCGACUGAUCCUCAACACCAAGCUGUGGGCCCAGAUGCAGAUUGACAAGGCCAGUGAGAAGAGCAUUCGCAUCACAGCCAUGGAUACCGAGGACCAGGGCGUGAAGGUCUUCCUGAUCUCGGCCAGCUCCAAGGACACAGGCCAGCUAUAUGCCGCUCUGCACCACCGCAUCCUGGCCUUGCGCAGCCGCGUGGAGCAGGAACAGGAGACCAGAACACCUGCCCCCGAGCCUGGGGUGGCCCCAUCCAAUGAGGAUGACAGUGACGAUGACGACGUCCUAGCUCCGUCAGGGGCCACAGGAGGCGGCGCUGACAACGAAGGGGACGGGCAGACAGCUGGGAGCACAUAG